UUUUAUUGCAAUUCAACGGUAAACACCCAGGGUGAUAGCUUUACCGUCACCGUCAUCACCGACGGUAGUUUGAGCAUCUCCGUCCAAGGAAAUGUCUGGCUCAAAAGUGCUCCGACUUUCGUCAGAGCCAACGGGCAGAUUUACAGCACCGCAGAUGGCUCCUUGAAGCUUCUACAGACCACUGGAACAUCUGGUACCGACUUCAUCGGGAAAUGGCAGUCCACUAGCUUCCUCUACCAAGCCGACACGUGUCGCUUCUUAGCCAGCAUUUACUUCUACACGCCAGACCCUAGUAUCUUCUCAUAUAACAAUCCUCCUGAACAAUUUCUGCUCUUCAAACAGACGUACUUAACCCAAACGAAUGUCACAAAAGCACGAAGAAUGAGUGAAACCAUAGCUGGCUUCCCUGGGUUUGUUGUGAAGGAGGCGUCGGUCCGGCUUGGCUACUUGUCCUACGGUGGUGGUCAGUUUGGAUAUGGCAAGAAAUUUACGAAGUUUACAGACAUGUAUCGUCAUUAUAUCGUAACUAUAUUAUCUUCAUUUCUUUGCAGAUUUGGUCCAAAACUUAACAUUUCCUCGGGCAUGGAAAGUGGUCCCCUUUCUAUAUUUGACCGUGUCAAGACAGCCAACACUUUCAUCCUGUCUCCUGCAAGUUCCUUCAUGUCCGCCAAUCUCUGGCGCCAGAAAACUAAAAACGGAAGCAACCUCUACUGGGGAACAAUGGGUGGCGUUACAGAUGUCCCUGCCAACUUUGAAACCAGCACCAUCCUCUUCUUCAGCAACCAAGGUAUCAACAAGGGAUUCGUCAGCUGGGGGCAGAUUCUACAGAAACUGCACGGAAGAGACAACAGUUUUGUGAAGUCAGAUUUUACCAACAACUAUCUGGGGUACUGGACAGACAACGGCAGGGAAACCACACGAACUUGCACUCCUUCUCUUCUCUAUAAUGUGUUUGAAUUCUGUUUUGCAGGUGCCUAUUACUAUUACCACACAGAACCUAAGAAAGAUUACCAAGACAUCAUACUGGACAUUGUUACCUCCAUCAAGGACACAGGUAUUCCCUUCAGAUACCUGCAGUUCGACUCCUGGUGGUACUACAAAGGUGUAGGGAACGGCGUGAAGACAUGGGAGAGCACCCCUCAAGUUUUCCCAAAUGGCAUACAGUGGCUGUACAAUAAAACAGGAUUUCCAAUUUCAGCCCAUAACAGAUACUGGGCAAGCGACACAACAUAUGCCAAACAGAAUGGUGGUCAAUAUUAUUUCAUUGUUGAAGGUACAAAAGCUCUUCCGCUUGACCAGAUAUUCUGGGACGACCUUCUCUCCAAUGGUCGAAAAUGGGGUUUAGUGACAUAUGAACGGGACUGGCUACAAGGGGAGUUUGGCGGAGUUCCUUCGCUCACUGAAGAUGUGUACCUGGCAGAGACGUGGCUCAACCAGAUGGGACGUGGAGCUGCCAAGAAUGGUCUGACCAUCCAGUACUGUAUGGCCAACUGUCGACACGCACUUCACGCGAUUUCCAUCCCUGCAGUAACACAGGUAAGAGCUUGCGCAGACUACCACCCUGGGCGUCAACAAUGGCGUAUCGGCGUGACGUCCAUGCUGGCCUGGGCUAUCGGCAUUGCUCCUUCCAAGGAUAACUUCUGGACCACAACUGUUCAACCGCGAGGUCAUAAUACAGAACCGUACCCGGAAUUGAAUGCUUUGGUGGCCACCCUCAGCACAGGGCCUGUCGGACCAAGUGACAUGAUCGGCAAAUUCAACAAGACAAUCAUUAUGAAGAGCGUGAAUUCAGAGGGACUGAUCCUGAAGCCAUCGAGACCCGCCACAGCUAUUGACAACAUGAUCAGGAGGCUAGCAUGGAAUGAUUUUGAAGGCCCAGAUGGGGAAGUAUGGUCGACGUAUUCUGACUUUGGUGGAAAAACAAAUAUGGCAUAGUGCUUGCUGCGGACCUUCAAGGGAACUACAACAUGACGCCAUUCAUUGCUGGGUUCCAAGGGUUCCCCAAGUCUAUGGUGUUUCCUGCUAAAGACCCCAACAAGGUCCAACUGCUGACAGACCCCCAGCCUCUCCAGAUGAGUGGCUGUACCAUGGUGGACUUCUGUCUGUACUAUGUCUCGCCCGUUGUAACAUUUCAAGGGCAUCAGGUCCUGAUUCAAGGGGAACUUGAGAAGUGGGUGCCGAUGUCACCACAAAGAGUUGCUGACAUUACCGUUGACAGCAGCGACAUCAAACUCCGUAUUGCAGGAGGGGCUAAUGAAACUGUCAACUUCUGGUUCAACACCGACGGAGUGGCAAAAGGUCUCACGUGUGACAUCAGUGACUCUGGAUUUGCUUUUAUUAGUUACAAAGCGUGGAGCUGUACAUCAAGAUAGAAAACAACGAACCGCCUCUGUGUAUGUUGUAACUUGUAAAGCCAAUACCG